GGCAUGGCGACUUUUAGUAGCGAAUAUAAGGCCUCUUUCAACAGUAAAGAUUACCCGUAUGAGAUUGGACCCACGGAUGUGCUGGAGCGCAAAGGCUCUCUAACUCUCCGCUCUCAUGAGAAGAAAUACUCGAAGCAAGUGUUGGUGUAUUCCUGGCACCAGGACAGAGAAGCCUACCCCAAAGAUUUUGAUGCAGAUGGUCUCGGGCCAGUGAAAAAGCUGGCUAAUGCAUCAUAUCGGCGAUUUGGAACUGAUAAUCCAUGCUGGAUAUCAGAAACAAAUGAACAGAUGUCGCAAGUUCUUUUAAACAAAGACUUUGUGAAAAAGAAGAAAAAGACCUUGGUAAAUGAGAAUACAGAAUGCCUGGGGAUUUUGGAAAGGGACCCUGAAUUGCCUCCCACAGGCUUUCGGGAUAUUUUUAUGGGAUCCCUACCAGAUGAGAGAAAGCCGUGUAUUUUGUCAACAUACUCUGAUGAUUAUUCUCCACAGUAUGAUUAUCCACCACCUCCUUGUCCACGUCAAGAUGAGUACUCCAUAGUCUACAGGAAGUGUUGUUCUCAGUUCACAGACCUAAAUGGCGCCAAAAGAUUUGGCACCAACACAUGGCAUGAUGAGAGCGGGAUUUAUGCUAACUCAGAGGCAAAACAAAAACUCCACGCAUUGGCUGGCAAUCCUAUUCUCCCAUGUUAGCAGCAAUGUAUGCAGCAGAUA